GUUUCUGUUGGGAUCAGGAUUGUUCUCCCCUCUGACCUGUCGUCCUGGCUCCCCCUCACCGUAGCGUGUUCGUUUUUGUAGUUGUGAUAGUUUCCUAUUUGUGUGUAUGUGUUGUAUGUUAUUUCUAAGGUCCACACUGGACUGGAUCCGAACCCUAGUCUCCCGUGUCAAAGUCAGCAGCAUUCCCACGGAGCUCUCCAGUGAGCUGUAUCACUGUCAUCCCCCUCUGCCUCAGUGUUUUCUACUAGUCUGUGUGGGGUCUCAAACUCAGUUUACCUGGGGGCCACUGGAGGUAGAGUCUGGGUGAGGCUGGGCUGCAUCAAGUCCUCCACAAAAAAGGGUUUCAGGAGUCCAGCAUGCUGCAGCCAAAGAUCCAGCCCAGUGAUGGACUGUCCUUCAGGACCUGCAGUGUUUUCAUUUUCAUGGUUCUUCAGUCUGUUGGAGAACAGUCACAGUUAAUUUGUUCACAUCAACCAAUCGUGGCCCUGGCUGGUGAUGAUGUCAUUCUACCAUGUCACCUUGAACCUCCCAUGGAUGUCAGGUCAGAGCUGGUGGUGUGGAUCAGAACUGAUUUAGUCCCAAAGUACAUCCAUUUUCAUGAAGAUGGACGACAGGUGUACUGGAGACAAAAUCCAUCUUUUAAGAAUCGCACCGCUCUGUUUGUGGAUGAACUGAAGAACGGAAACGCCUCCAUGAAAAUCUUCAAAGUGAAAAUUUCUGAUACAGGAAAAUAUUUGUGUAUCUUGAAUUCACUGAUGAAGCACACGUCCAUCCAACUCACUGUUGGUGUCGUCUCCACGCCCGUCAUAGAGUUUGUCUCCAAUCAGAGCAGAGAGGUGGUUUUACAGUGUGAGGCUAAAGGCUGGUAUCCAGAGCCUGAGGUGUUCUGGCUGGACGCUGAGGGAAACCUCCUCUCUGCUGGACCUACAGAGACAGUCAGAGGUCCUGAUGACCUCUAUACUGUCAGCAGAAGGUUGACUGUGGAGAAGAGUGACAGCUUCACCUGUAGAGUCCAACAGAAGAACAUCAACCAGACCGGAGAGACACACAUCUAUGUUCCAGCUCAUUUCUUCAGGACCUCAUCUCAGUUCGCCGUGAUCCUCUCCAUCAUCAUCAUCAUCAUCACCAUCAUCACCAUCACCAUCAUCAUCAUCAUUAUUAUGGUUAAAAAAGCAGACGCUCGGAGAAGGAGGAAGCGACGGGAGGACCAGCAACCAGCAUCAGAUGUCGAGAAGACAAAAGAUGAGACGCUGCUUUGAACAUGGACUGAAACCUCCCAAAGUGACCAAAAACAACCAGGAGGUGGCAGAAAAGAACAUCUCAGGAAAUCUUUGUGACACUGGAACAUCUCAUCUGAUGUGUUGAGUUGUAGUAAACAUUGAGAGCUGGGGCUCUCUUCAAGUCUUAAUAUAAUUUGAACAACCGUAGUAACUUUACACCUGAGCGGUAACCAUAGCAACAUAGCAACCACACACACACACAGAGUUAGUUUGACAUCUCAAUAUCCAGUAAGCAUUUUAAUCAACCAAACUAUCAGUAGGAGUCUACUUUUUUACAUUUACUAUAUAAUCAAGUGUUGUUGCUAAAUUUUAUACUAUUUUUAAAAAUAUUUUCAUAAAUGAACUGUAUGUCAAUCAGUAUUUGUCCUGUGCAUCAGUGACUGUUGGAAAAAAAAUGCAAUAAAAUGUGAUACGUGUCCUUUA